CCCGGCCGCGCUCGGAAUUGUGGGCGACUCGGGUAAUGGCGUCGGCGAGUCUGGAGGGCUUGGGGAGCAAUCGCUGAAGCUUUUUGCCAGGUUGGCUGGUGACGAACUGUGGCCGGACCCCGCGGCAGCGGGAGGGACCUGCCCGCCUUGUGGGCUCCUCGGUCAGAGCCGGCGGAGCCUAGCGGGGCGGGGCAUCUGCGGGGGGCGCCUCGGAUAGGAGCUGUGAGAGUUGCGAGGAGGUUGCGGGAGGCGCUCGGGUACGCUCCGGGGUUCGCAGCCCAGGCCUGGCCGAGCCCAGGAGGCGGGCUGCGGAAGGGCCAGAGAGGCCAGAGAGGCCAGGAGGGAUCUGCCUGUCGCCCCCAGGGGCUGACAGGGCUGGAGUUCGUUUGCGCCGCUCGUAUACUGGAUUGGAGUUUGGUGGAUCAUGUCCGGCACCAACAGCCCCGAGGCGGUGAAGAAGCUGCUGGAGAAUAUGCAGAGCGAUUUACGGGCCUUGUCCCUGGAAUGCAAGAAGAAAUUCCCACCUGUCAAAGAGGCUGCUGAAUCAGGAAUAAUAAAAGUUAAAACAAUAGCUGCACGAAACACCGAAAUUUUGGCAGCCUUGAAAGAAAACAGCUCAGAGGUGGUUCAGCCGUUUCUAAUGGGUUGUGGAACCAAGGAGCCAAAGAUUACUCAGCUAUGUUUGACCGCCAUUCAGAGACUCAUGUCACAUGAAGUUGUGUCUGAGACUGCAGCUGGAAAUAUAAUUAAUAUGCUUUGGCAGCUAAUGGAAAACAGUCUUGAAGAACUUAAGCUACUUCAAACAGUUCUUGUUCUUUUAACAACCAAUACAGUAGUUCAUGAUGAGUCACUCUCUAAGGCAAUUGUUCUUUGUUUUCGACUACACUUUACAAAAGAUAACAUUACAAAUAAUACAGCUGCUGCUACAGUGCGACAAGUUGUUACUGUUGUUUUUGAGAGGAUGGUUGCUGAAGAUGAACGACACAGAGAUAUUAUAGAACAACCAGUACUGGUCCAAGGAAAUAGUAACAGAAGAUCUGUCAGCACCCUCAAACCUUGUGCUAAAGAUGCAUAUAUGCUUUUCCAGGACCUUUGUCAGUUGGUUAAUGCUGAUGCUCCUUACUGGCUAGUAGGCAUGACAGAAAUGACUCGAACAUUUGGCCUUGAAUUACUUGAGUCAGUCCUGAAUGAUUUUCCACAGGUCUUUUUACAACACCAAGAGUUUAGUUUCCUUCUCAAAGAAAGGGUAUGUCCUCUUGUGAUAAAACUCUUUUCUCCAAAUAUAAAGUUCAGACAAGGUUCCAGCUCUUCAUCUUCUCCAGCACCAGUUGAAAAACCAUAUUUUCCUAUCUGCAUGCGUUUGCUCAGAGUAGUAUCUGUUCUAAUUAAGCAAUUUUACAGCCUUUUGGUAACUGAAUGUGAGAUAUUUCUGUCACUUCUGGUGAAAUUUCUGGAUGCAGAUAAACCACAGUGGUUACGAGCUGUUGCAGUAGAAUCAAUACACAGACUCUGUGUGCAGCCUCAGCUCUUAAGAUCAUUUUGUCAGUCCUAUGAUAUGAAACAGCAUUCUACCAAGGUUUUUCGUGAUAUUGUGAAUGCCCUGGGAUCUUUUAUACAGUCGUUGUUUCUUGUCCCUCCUACCGGAAAUCCUGCUACAACAAACCAAGCUGGAAACAAUAACUCAGGUGGCCCCGUCUCAGCACCAGCUAACUCAGGAAUGUUGGGGAUUGGUGGAGGUGUUACUUUGCUACCAGCAUUUGAAUAUAGAGGAACUUGGAUACCUAUUCUGACUAUAACAGUGCAAGGCAGUGCAAAAGCCACGUACCUGGAGAUGUUGGACAAAGUUGAGCCCCCAACUAUACCAGAAGGUUAUGCUAUGUCUGUGGCAUUCCAUUGUUUGCUUGACCUUGUACGUGGAAUUACUAGUAUGAUUGAAGGAGAGUUAGGAGAGGUUGAAACAGAAUGUCAGACUACUACUGAAGCAGCUUCUUCACCAACACAAUCAUCAGAACAGCAAGAAUUACAGUCAACAUCAGACCAGAUGGAUAAAGAAAAAGUUAGUAGAGCUGUUUGGGAAGAAAUGGUAAAUGCCUGCUGGUGUGGUUUACUUGCUGCUCUCUCACUCCUCCUUGAUGCCAGCACAGAUGAAGCUGCCACUGAGAAUAUUUUAAAAGCUGAAUUGACUAUGGCUGCGCUUUGUGGAAGAUUGGGCCUUGUAACUUCAAGAGAUGCCUUUAUAACUGCAAUAUGCAAAGGUUCCUUGCCUCCCCAUUAUGCUCUUACAGUACUGAAUACCACCACUGCAGCCACACUUUCCAACAAAUCAUAUUCCAUUCAGGGUCAAAGUGUUAUGAUGAUAAGUCCAUCAAGUGAAUCUCAUCAACAAGUUGUGGCAGUGGGUCAGCCUCUGGCUGUCCAGCCUCAAGGAACAGUAAUGCUCACUUCCAAAAAUAUCCAGUGUAUGAGGACUUUACUUAACUUGGCACACUGCCAUGGAGCUGUUCUUGGAACAUCAUGGCAACUUGUCUUGGCAACUCUACAGCAUCUUGUGUGGAUUCUGGGAUUAAAGCCUAGUAGUGGUGGUGCCUUGAAACCUGGGAGAGCUGUAGAAGGACCCAGUACAGUUCUAACAACAGCAGUGAUGACAGAUUUACCAGUGAUUUCCAAUAUACUUUCAAGAUUGUUUGAAAGCUCACAGUAUCUUGAUGACGUAUCAUUGCAUCAUUUAAUAAAUGCACUUUGCUCCUUAUCCCUAGAAGCAAUGGAUAUGGCCUAUGGAAAUAAUAAGGAACCAUCUCUUUUUGCUGUUGCCAAAUUGUUAGAAACGGGUCUAGUUAACAUGCACCGAAUAGAAAUUCUUUGGAGACCUCUAACUGGGCAUCUGCUUGAGGUCUGCCAGCAUCCAAACUCUCGAAUGAGAGAAUGGGGGGCAGAAGCUUUAACUUCACUUAUUAAAGCAGGAUUAACAUUUAACCAUGAUCCUCCACUUUCACAAAACCAGAGGCUGCAGUUGCUUUUAUUGAACCCAUUAAAGGAGAUGUCCAGUAUUAACCAUCCAGAUAUCCGACUCAAGCAGUUAGAAUGUGUGUUGCAGAUUCUUCAGAGUCAGGGAGACAGUCUUGGGCCUGGAUGGCCAUUAGUGCUUGGAGUCAUGGGAGCAAUCAGAAAUGAUCAAGGAGAAUCCUUGAUACGAACUGCAUUCCAGUGUCUUCAGUUGGUUGUGACGGAUUUUCUACCAACAAUGCCUUGUACAUGCCUGCAGAUUGUUGUAGAUGUUGCAGGUAGCUUUGGACUUCAUAACCAAGAACUUAAUAUUAGUUUAACUUCAAUAGGUUUAUUGUGGAAUAUUUCAGAUUAUUUUUUCCAAAGAGGAGAAACUAUUGAAAAAGAAUUAAAUAAAGAAGAGGCAGCACAGCAAAAGCAGGCAGAAGAGAAAGGAGUUGUUUUAAAUCGGCCUUUCCAUCCUGCACCACCAUUUGAUUGCUUGUGGUUGUGUCUUUACGCAAAAUUGGGUGAACUAUGUGUGGACCCCCGUCCUGCUGUGAGGAAAAGUGCAGGACAAACUCUGUUUUCAACAAUUGGUGCACAUGGAACUUUACUACAGCACUCAACGUGGCACACUGUUAUUUGGAAGGUUCUCUUUCAUCUAUUGGACCGAGUUCGGGAGUCUUCUACCACUGCAGACAAAGAAAAGAUUGAGUCUGGAGGUGGCAAUAUUCUCAUUCAUCAUUCAAGGGACACAGCAGAGAAGCAGUGGGCAGAGACAUGGGUUUUAACAUUGGCCGGAGUAGCAAGAAUCUUUAACACCAGAAGAUAUUUACUGCAACCUUUAGGAGAUUUUUCAAGAGCAUGGGAUGUUCUUCUUGACCAUAUACAGUCAGCAGCACUCAGCAAAAACAAUGAAGUGUCUCUGGCUGCACUGAAAAGCUUCCAGGAAAUUUUACAGAUUGUGUCCCCUGUCAGAGACUCAGAUAAGCCUGAGACCCCACCUGCAGUUAAUGUACCUGUGCCUGUCCUUCUAGGGUCCAUAUCAGGCCCUGGCCUGAGCAGACCAUUUGUAAGAACAGAUUCCAUUGGAGACAGACUGGGAAGAUACAAUAGUUCUGAGCCACCAGUAGUUACUGAUGAGCUUGAAGAUUUGAAUCUCUGGUGGGCUGCAUGGAGUACCUGGUAUAGAAUUGGAUCGGAAAGCACUAAGCCUCCUGUUACUUUUGACAAACUGACUUUCAUUCCCAGUCAGCCUUUCCUUACAGCAUUAAUUCAGAUAUUUCCCGCUCUCUACCAACACAUAAAAACUGGUUUCAACAUGGAUGACUUGCAAAAGCUGGGAGUCAUAUUGCACAGUGCUGUGUCAGUGCCAAUAAGUUCGGAUGCGUCCCCUUUCAUUCUUCCAUCUUAUACAGAAGCCGUUUUGACAAGUUUACAGGAAGCCGUGCUUACAGCUUUAGAUGUUCUCCAAAAGGCCAUCUGUGUGGGGCCAGAAAACAUGCAAAUAAUGUAUCCAGCUAUAUUUGAUCAGUUACUGGCAUUUGUGGAAUUUUCCUGUAAACCUCCGCAGUAUGGGCAGCUGGAAACAAAGCACAUUGCAAAUGCAAAAUAUAAUCAGAUCCAACUAUUUGCACCGGCGGAAUGGGUAGCCUUGAAUUAUGUACCGUUUGCUGAAAGGUCUUUAGAAGUAGUUGUGGAUUUAUACCAGAAAACAGCCUGUCACAAAGCAGUUGUGAAUGAGAAAGUACUCCAGAAUAUUAUUAAGACACUUAGGGUUCCUCUCAGUUUGAAAUAUUCCUGCCCUUCCGAAAGCACAUGGAAAUUAGCAGUAUCUUCUCUUCUCAAAGUUCUUUCUAUUGGGCUACCUGUUGCCCGGCAGCAUGCUUCUUCUGGGAAAUUUGACAGUAUGUGGCCAGAACUAGCCAAUACUUUUGAAGACUUUCUCUUUACCAAAAGCAUACCUCCAGAUAAUCUCUCUAUUCAAGAAUUUCAGAGAAAUGAAAGUAUUGAUGUUGAGGUAGUUCAGCUUAUCAGCACUGAGAUACUACCUUAUGCCAAUUUUAUUCCUAAGGAAUUUGUUGGUCAGAUAAUGACAAUGCUUAAUAAGGGCUCAAUACACUCUCAGUCAUCUUCAUUUACGGAAGCAGAGAUUGAUAUUCGUUUGAGAGAGGAAUUUUCUAAAAUGUGUUUUGAAACAUUGCUCCAGUUUUCCUUCAGUAAUAAAGUCACAACACCUCAAGAAGGCUACAUCUCACGAAUGGCACUCUCAGUGCUUUUAAAGAGAUCUCAAGAUGUGCUUCAUCGCUAUAUAGAGGAUGAAAGAUUAAGUGGUAAAUGCCCUCUUCCAAGGCAACAAGUAACGGAAAUCAUAUUUGUUUUAAAAGCAGUCAGUACUCUCAUUGAUUCACUUAAGAAAACUCAGCCUGAGAAUGUUGAUGGAAAUACCUGGGCACAAGUGAUUGCUUUAUACCCAACUUUAGUAGAAUGCAUCACCUGCUCAUCUGCAGAAGUCUGCUCUGCGCUUAAAGAGGCCCUCGUUCCUUUUAAGGAUUUCAUGCAACCACCAGCAUCCAAAGUUCAAAAUGGAGAGUCUUGACCAGCUACAAUAAUUUUAAAGAGGAAAGAUAGAUAUCUCAAGAGUAUCUGAUCCUCAGUGAGUCUUCUAUGAGAAGGACAUUUCUUACUACAAAUAAUUCUUGGCAGCUGUUGUUGACCUCCUUUAAAUUGUACUUACCU